CGACUCAGCCUGGCCUGGGGCUCGUUUGCCCCGCCCCGCUGCCCGCGCCGUCUCGGCGUCCACUUCCUGGCCCUCCCUGCCUUUAGCGAAACCAACGAGAGAACACCGCCUACAUCUAGAGCAGCCCGACCGGGAGUGUAACCGAGGGGCGCGCGAACGUGAGAGGAAAGCCUGCGCAGCUGUGGUUUCUCACCCCCUGAGUCUUGCUAGACGCAGGAAAGAUGCUUUCUGAAAGCAGUUCAUUUUUGAAGGGUGUAAUGCUGGGAAGCAUUUUCUGUGCCUUGAUCACUAUGUUAGGACACAUUAGGAUUGGUUAUGGAAAUAGAAUGUACCACCAUGAGCAUCAUCACCUACAAGCUCCUAAUAAAGAAGAUAUCUUGAAAAUUUCAGAGAAUGAACGCAUGGAGCUCAGUAAGAGCUUUCGGGUAUACUGUAUCAUCCUUGUGAAACCCAAAGAUGUGAGUCUUUGGGCUGCAGUAAAGGAGACUUGGACCAAACACUGUGACAAAGCAGAGUUCUUCAGUUCUGAAAAUGUUAAAGUGUUUGAGUCAAUUAACAUGGACACAAAUGACCCGUGGCUAAUGAUGAGAAAAGCUUACAAAUAUGCCUUUGAUAAAUAUAGAGACCAUUACAACUGGUUCUUCCUUGCACGCCCCUCAACAUUUGCUAUUAUUGAAAACUUAAAGUAUUUUUUGUUAAAAAAGGACCCAUCACAACCUUUUUAUCUAGGCCACACUAUAAAAUCUGGAGACCUUGAUUAUGUGAAUAUGGAAGGAGGAAUUGUCUUAAGUAUCGAAUCAAUGAAAAGACUUAACAGCCUUCUCAAUGUCCCUGAAAAGUGUCCUGAACAGGGAGGGAUGAUUUGGAAGAUAUCUGAAGAUAAGCAGCUAGCAGUCUGCCUGAAAUAUGCUGGAGUGUUUGCAGAAAAUGCAGAAGAUUCUGAAGGAAAAAAUGUAUUUAAUACCAAAUCUGUUGGACUUUUUAUUAAAGAGGCAAUGACUAAUCAACCCAACCUGGUAGUAGAAGGAUGUUGUUCAGAUAUGGCUGUUACUUUUAAUGGACUGACUCCUAAUCAGAUGCAUGUGAUGAUGUAUGGGGUAUACCGUCUUAGGGCAUUUGGGCAUAUUUUCAAUGAUGCAUUGGUUUUCUUACCUCCAAAUGGUUCUGAUAAUGACUGAGAAGUGAAACAAGAGCAUGUAUGUAAUCACCAUAUAGGACAUGUGUUAUUAUUUGUAGUAACAACUACAUAUCCAACACAGCAGUAUGUUUCUUUUUUUUUUUUAUCAUUUUCAGUGGGGUGGCACUGGUUUAAUCAUACAUUAAAAUUUAGUAAUACAUUGUAAAAUAAGGUGGAGUUUUUUUCUUAAAACAUACAUGAAAAUUUCAAACAUGUUAGAAAUAAAUGUUUUAAGCAUAAUUUUGAAAUAAAGCAUAUAUUUAUAAAUAUAUUCAUGUGAUAAAUUCCAAAGUAUUAACAUUAAAAUCUGUGGCACAUAUUUUUGCUGAUUGGUUAAAAAAUUAAAUGUAUUUUUAGCUUUCUAAGAUAAGCAAAUGAAUCUCUAGUAGUGAAUUUGUAAUUAAAGUAAAACUUUUAGCUGUG